AUGAAGACCACCAUCCUUACUUCGGCACUUCUUCUUUCUUCUACAGCGCUUGGCACUGUCGUGCCAAGGGCCGGUAAGAAGGUUGAUUACAGUGGCUUCAAGGUACUACGCGUGUCUAGCACCGAUGCUGUCAAGGGAAAGAUCGAGAACUUGGCUGCGCAUAUCCUUAACCCUGGCACGUCCGCUGAGCUAGAUGUUGUCGUUUCGCCUGAAAAUGUCGAUGCUUUGACUGCCUUGGUCGCUGAGAGCAAGGUACUCAACGAGGAUGUUGGUGCAGCUCUUGCAGAGGAGGGCGAGAUGAGCGUUUAUGCCGUUCCCAGCGAGUCUUGGUUUACAGCAUACCAUCCGUAUGCCGACCAUCUCCAGUUCCUUCGGGAUUUACAAGCUGGAUACACUGGCCGAUCUGAGAUCUACACCCUCGGCACCUCUGUCCAAGGACGAGCCUUGACUGGCAUUCACAUCUGGGGUAGCGGUGGAAAGGGCUCAAAGCCUGCUGUCGUCAUUCAUGGUAAUGUUCACGCGAGAGAGUGGAUCACAUCCAUGACAAGCGAAUAUUUCGCAUGGCAACUCCUGACCAAGUACGGUUCAGACGCAACCAUCAAGUCCCUCGUCGACAAGUUCGAUUUCUACAUCACACCCAUCGUGAACCCCGAUGGCUUUGUCUAUUCCCAGACAACUGACCGUCUUUGGCGCAAGAAUAGGCAGACUGUCAGCGGCAACACCUGCGUUGGCCGUGACAUCAACCGCAACUGGCCAUACAAGUGGGAGGUAGCAGGUGGAGCUUCCACAAACCCUUGCUCAGAGACAUACAAGGGCGUAGCAGCUGGUGACGCGCCCGAGAACCGUGGUAUAAGAGCGCAAAUCGAUUCGCUCAGGGCGUCGCGCGGUAUCCGCCUUUACCUUGAUGUGCACUCCUACGGCCAAUAUAUCCUCUGGCCCUAUGGCUAUGACUGCAGCCUCCGCGCCGAGAACGACGCGCAGCACCGUUCUAUCGCAACCCGUGCCCAGUCUGCUAUUCGCGCUGUCUCCGGUACCGCAUACACUAUCGGCCCCAGCUGCUCGACGCUGUAUGCUACAACUGGCUCUUCAACUGAUUACACUGAUGUUCAGGGUAAUGCUACCUACUCCUACACUUAUGAGCUGAGAGAUAAGGGUACGUUUGGGUUCUCGCUGCCGGCGAACCAGAUCAGACCGACUGUUUUGGAGACUUGGGCUGGUGUUGCCAGUAUGCUUAGGGAUGCUUAG